AUGAAAUUUGGUAAAAAAAUGAAAGAUUUAUCAAAUGCUAAAGUAGCUGAACCUCAAAUUAUAAUGGGAAUCAAUCGUCUCGUUUGUACAUCAAAAUCACAUAAUGUAGAAUUAAAAGUGAACGUUGACGGACAAGAAUGGAGUAAUGUUAAAUUCUUUCAAAUCUCAUCCCAAUGGCAUACACAUAUCAAACAUUUUCCAUUGGCAAUUUUUAAUUAA